UACGGGGAGAGAGCAGAGCCUCGUCAAUCACUUCUCUCCGCCAAAGUUGAUCUGCAUCUUUCUUCCUUUCCCAUUCCCUUUCCUCCUGUGUUAUUCCCCUUUCCAAUGAAUCCCAGGAUAUUGCCGAGCCACAAGGUAAUCUUUACUGUCUUCUUCUUCUUCUUCUGGAUCCUUUGUUUGGUGGUAGGCAGCCCAGUCCUUGCCGCGACUAUUGGGUCUGGGGAUUGUCAGCCUCAAAGAUGCGGGAAUCACACGAUCAAGUACCCUUUCUGGCUCAGCAAUAAGCAGCCGUCCUAUUGUGGCGUUUCUCCGUUCAACGUCACCUGCAUCAGCAGCGGCGGCCAAGCCGAAACCCUUUCUCUUAACGUUUUUGACGGUUUAUAUCAUGUCAAGAACAUCUUCUACGAGAACAAGUCGGUUCAGCUCAAUGCCGCCGGAUUCGACGACGAUCGAUGCCCGUUACCAACCUUCAACAUCACUUCCGGCCUCUACCCCUUCGACCUCAGCUCCGCCAACAAGCGCAUCUUCUUCCUCUCCAAUUGCUCGAGCCCGAUGAAUCUAUCUGCCUUCCAAAACAUAUCUUGUGCUGCUGAUGGAGGACUGGCCUACUUCGGCGGUGAGUACAAUGGCUCGGGCAAGCUGAACUUUUCCGGUGGAGUAUGUAAGCUGUUUGUGGUGCCGGUGGUGGGUUACAUCGAUGUGGGCAUCGAUGUAAACUACUCUGCACUGCUGAGGACUGGGUGGUUGCUGAACUGGACGGCGCCGGAUUGUACAGUGUGCAGUGACAGCGGCGGCCAAUGUGGAUUCAAUGACACGACAUCAAAAUUCAUGUGCAUCUGCCCUGACCGAGUCCAUCUAAGGAAAUGUGGUUAG